AUCGGCAGGCGCCGAAGCGGGAGGUGACGUCAUAGCCGCGCGACUCGAGGGCAACGGCGGCCGUUUGAAACGGCGCUGACGCUGGGCGGCGCCGCGGACGGGGGGAGCCCCAGAAGCCUGAGGCUGUGGACAGCCCCUGCCCAUCUGCUCCAGGCAGUGACUUCCUGAGACGCCACCGCCUGCUUUUGGCCGUUCUCGAAAGACCGUCAUGUCACUUCCUCACCUGCAGCAGCCAAGCUUCUUACUGGCGAGUUUGAAGGCAGAUUGUGUGAACAAGCCCUUUGCUCAGAGGUGCCAUGAUCUGGAAACAGUCAUUGAAGACUUCCCUGCCAAGGAACUGCAUGCCAUCUUUCCAUGGCUAGUGGAGAGUAUUUUUGGUAGCCUGGAUGGCAUCAUUGUAGGUUGGAAUCUUCGCUCCUUGCAGGGAAGAACACAUCCUACAGAAUAUGCUAUUGCCCUGGAUUUCCUGGAUCCAAGUGGCCCAAUGAUGAAGCUGGUUUACAAACUCCAAGCAGAGGAGUAUAGAUAUGAUUUUCCAGUUUCCUAUCUCCCAGGUCCUGUGAAGGCCUCAAUACAUGAACGAGUCCUACCAGAAUGCUCACUGUACCACAACAAAGUCCAGUUCCCUCCAUCUGGUGGCCUAGGUUUGAACCUAGCUCUCAAUCCAUUUGAAUAUUACAUGUUUUAUUUUGCAAUUAGCCUCAUCACGCAGAGAAAUACUCCCAUCACCCAUCAUGUCAGUACUUCAAAUAGCGCAUACUUCAUCUUGGUGGAUGCGUACCUGAAGUGGUUCCUCCCCACAGAAGGCAGUGUCCUUCCUCCACCUUCUUCCAAUCCUGGUGGAACCAUCCCUUCACCUGCUCCCAGGUCCCCAUCAGUGCCUUUCACCUCUUAUGGCAUGCAUCACACUAGCCUCCUGAAACGACAUAUUGCCCAUCAGCCUUCAGUGAAUGCAGACCCUGCUUCCCAAGAGAUCUGGAGGUCAGAAACAAUGCUUCAAAUCUUUGUUGAAAUGUGGCUUCACCAUUACUCACUGGAUAUGUAUCAAAAAAUGCAGUCUCCACAUGUCAAGCUGGAGGUUCUCCACUACCGACUCAGUAUCUCCAGUAAACACCACAGUAGUCCUGCCCAAUCCGGCUACCAGGCCCUCCACGCAUACCAAGAAUCAUUUAAACCCACUGAGGAGCAUGUGUUAGUGGUAAGACUGCUUGUGAAGCACCUGCACGCUUUCACCAACAGCCUGAAACCAGAACCAAUCUCCCCCUCGGCCCACUCCCAUACAGCCAGCCCACUGGAAGAAUUCAAAAGGGUGGUGAUUCCUCGGUUUGUCCAGCAGAAGCUCUAUAUCUUCCUGCAACACUGCUUUGGCCACUGGCCUCUAGAUGCCUCUUUCAGAGCGGUUCUAGAGAUGUGGUUAAGUUAUCUGCAGCCUUGGAGAUAUGCUCCUGAGAAACCACUUCAGAGUGCAGACCCCCAGCCCCAGCCUCGUAGUGUUGCAGAGAAAUGGGCUCCUUUUGUUCAAGAAAAUCUACUGAUGUACACAAAGCUGUUUGUGGGCUUUCUGAACAGGGCUCUCCGCACAGACUUGGUCAGCCCUAAAAAUGCCCUGAUGGUGUUCAGAGUAGCCAAGGUCCUCGCCCAGCCGAACCUAUCUGAAAUGAUCCAGAAAGGAGAGCAGUUAUUCCUGGAGCCGGACCUUGUUAUCCCUCACCGACAGCAUCGAAUUUUCAUGACUCCCACCCUUGGUGGGACCUUCUUCUCAUCAUGGCCUCCAGCCAUCACAGAUGCCUCAUUUAAGGUGAAGUCUCACAUUUACAGCCUAGAAGGACAGGACUUUCAGUACAAACAGAUGUUUGGCACAGAAAUCAGAAAUUUGGUGUUACGAUUGGCACAGUUAAUAUGCCAAGCCCAGCAGACAGCAAAAUCUAUAUCUGACCACUCUGCUGAGACCCUGGCUAGCAAGUCCUUCCUAUCUUGGUUUAGGUUUGGCCCUUCUGAGAUGAAUGGUUCUUAUACAGGCAAUGACCUAGAUGAAAUUGGGCAAGAAAACAUCAAGAAAACAGAUGAAUAUUUGGAAAAGGCACUGGAGUAUUUAUGCCAGAUCUUCAGGUUGAGUGAAGCCCAGCUGACCCAAAUGAUGAUGAACUGUGGGACAGCUCAAGAUGAGAACGGAAAGAAGCAGCUUCCAGACAGCAUUGAGAGCGAGGAUGGGUUAAUUCUUACACCUCUUGGCAGGUAUCAGAUCAUAAAUGGAUUGCGCAGGUUUGAGAUAGUGUACCAAGGAGAUACUGAACUGCAGCCCAUCAGAAGUUAUGAAAAUGCCACACUGGUACGGCUGUUGUUCCAGUUGUCCUCGGCAAUUAAUCAAAGGUUUGCUGAACAAAUGGAGAAUCUUUGCUCCAGGGAAGACUUCAUUGGCAGUUUUUGUCGCUAUCAUCUUAUCAGCCCAUUCCUUGCAGAGAGAACCAGGCACAGCCCAAUGCUGAAACAUAGAUCCAGACACAUUCAGCGACCAAAGAUCAGUCUGAGAUUUCUAGCCAGCUACAGGACUCUUCUUUCCUUGUUCAUGAUCUUCUUCAUUGCAUCCCAGUUCUGUAUUGGACCACUGGCCUGCACUUUCCUUAUUCUUCUGGCUUACCUUCUUUAUGCAGUAGUGAUGACUUUCUUCACUGAAAGAUGGAAACCUCACCGGCAUUAACUUUCUCUGUCAGCACAUUCUUGUACAGGAAACAUUCUGAGAUACCAAGUUGUGUUAAGUGUGUGAAAGGUUUCAGUUAAGGAUGCUUUUUAAAGUAUUUUUAAUAUAAAAAUUAAGCAGGUUGCUAAACACAGAUGGGAUUGUGUGGUUGUAGAGGCCACAGUAAUCCAGGUACAUUCUAUUUUUAUAAACUCUUUUCUACAGUUUAGUUAAAAUGCUGAGUUAAAGCUAUAGUAUGUGAUUUUGGAAAGAAAAGGUAAACCUCCAUUUCUGGAGCCAACCACAAAUGGUGAAAUGAGUGAGCCCAAACAAACAGUAUGUAGCCUCACAUGUGACUAUACCCACACCAUACUACAGCAUUUUACUUACGCCAUUUUAAAGAGAAAUUAGAUACUGAAGCUGCAGGGUUUAUAAUAUAUCAUGGUGAGUAGAGGACUGUUUCAGUAUGCCAGAGGCAACAGCAGUCAUGGAUCAUGGGAUCUGGACACAAAGCUGAAUACCAAAAUAUCAACAGGAUGUGAAUGACAGUAUAGCCCAGAUUAACUUCAGCACAAGAAACUCAGAAGAAGCCCGAGGGUGAGGGGUUGGAAUAGUUUGGCUCAAAGAUGGGAUAAGGGAGAUGGAGAAGAGUAUGUGCAUGUGUAUACAUCCAUGCACACACUUUUGCAACCCAAAAUUAACUGCAUUAUAACUCAACACUUGAGGAAAAGCUGCCAUAUGCAGUCCUGUAGGCUAGCGUUUGCUUGUUAACUCUCCUUUUUUCUCUCUGAAAAUUUGUCUUCACUGCUUACUGACUUCAAACUAUGAGUCCUCUGCUGAGGUGAAAAAUUCAGCUCAUCUCAGCUAAGGCUCCACUGCUGUGGGUAUCCUGUGGUGCUAGCAAUCAGCCCUCCCACAAUACUGCACCAGUGCCCCUUCGACACAGCCUCUAGCAUGGAGCUACCCCAGGAAGUGCUAAGUACCAUGGAAGUGACACUUUACCGUUACCUACAAACUGUUAAAGACAACUCUAAAGAGACAUGGUUGUUGACCAGAAAGAAGUUUUUCUCCUCCUGUCUUCACUAUGUUAACAAGUACUAAGUUUUGAAAGACUUGAAGCAAACUGGAAAAAAGAGCACUUCUGAUUAAGAGAGCAAGUGGUAGAGAUCAGUCGGCUUAACCUCGUCUGUGAAACUGCCGUGGGCGCUGCUGCGCUCCUCAGGGCUAGAGGGGGAGUGAGGGGCAGCGGAUACCCACUUGCAUGAUGUGGAAUAAGUGUUCGGUUCACUGUCUCCUACAUGCAUUUAAUGGAUGCUUAUAAAUGUCGGUGCGGAAAACACCUAACCUG